AUGACCGCAUCCUCGGAGGCUUCCAAAUGUGCCCUAGAAGAGGCACAAAGGCUGCUUAUCAGCGCAGAGAAAGCCUUUAUCGAACACAACCCCAAAUCCAAAGCUCAGCAUAAAGUGGCCAGUGAAGUGUUACCAGGUGGCAACACUCGCUCAAUACUCCACACCGAUCCUUUCCCAAUCUGCAUGGAGCGUGGCGAAGGCAUUAAGUUGGUAGAUGUGGAUGGACACGAAUAUCUGGAUCUGGUCGGAGAAAUGACAGCUGGUCUAUUCGGCCAUACAAAUCCGAUUAUCAGAGACACCAUCAUAUCUACGGUUUCCAAAACAGGCCUCAAUCUGGGCGCAACGACUAGGACAGAGUCUCUGUUUGCAAAAGCGAUUUGUCAGCGAAUCACAUCCAUAGAACAAUUACGUUUCUGCAACUCCGGUACAGAAGCAAAUCUCCAUGCGCUGAGUAUCGCCCGCGGUGCGACGGGGAGAUCCAAAGUCAUUGUGUUCGAGGGCGGCUAUCAUGGCGGAGUUCUCACCUUUGCACACGGCGUUGCUGAGAACAAUGUCGAUAAAGAAGAUUGGAUUAUCGGUAAAUACAAUGAUGUGGAAGGGACUCGCAAGCUCAUUUCUGAAAACAAAGGUAUAGCUGCAGCCGUGCUUGUGGAGGGCAUGCAAGGCGCAGGAGGGUGUAUACCGGGCACUGCUGAAUUCCUGCACACGAUUCAGAACGAGACCAGGGCGAACGGGAUGAUAUUUAUUCUCGAUGAGGUUAUGACAUCCCGGCUUGCGCCGGGCGGACUUCAAUCUGUUAUCCGAAAUCCCUACGAUGGCGCACCGUUGAAGCCUGAUAUGACCACUUUAGGAAAGUGGAUUGCCGGAGGAAUGACUAUCGGUGCCUUUGGUGGUCGUAAGGAUCUACUCGCCGCGUAUGACCCACGGCCUUCGUCGGGCUCAUCAGAGAGGAAGACUCAGAUUAGCCAUUCUGGAACUUUCAAUAAUAAUACCCUGGCUAUGAACGUUGGGUUGGCUGCGCUUGAGCGUGUCUUUACGCCUGAGGCUUGCAUGGAACUCAACAAUAUUGGGGGUUGGUUCCAUCGGGGCUUAGAAGAGCGCUGCCGAGGUACUAAAAUGACCGUCACUGGGAUAGGCGCAGUGUGUAACAUUCACUUUACGUCGAACGUUGGCAAUGCCGGAAUCACCUCUGUGGAUGAUUUGGCAACAGAGUCGAAUGGGGUUGAACCAAUUUUGAAAGACUUGUUCUGGUAUUAUGCCAUCCGUCACGGCUACUGGAUAGCCAGACGUGGCAUGUUGAGCUUGAUCUUAGGAACUAGCAAAGGGGAUCUCCAAGGCUUUCUUGAUGUGGUGGAGGGCUUUGUCCGAGAGCAUCGUGAAUUUCUUGAGUAA